GGCCGGCGGCCAUAUUGAAAAUUAUUAGUGACUCGAAAAUUAUCGUCUGCAAUGGAGUCAUAUUUUCGCUUAUCAAAUUUUGAUCAUAUUUUCGUUGGGGAUUCGCCAAAAUUAUGUCAUUUGUUCGUCGUUUCUCAAUCCGGUCGUGGUCAUUGCAGAAAAGCCUCUGUCGUUUGACAAAAUUCGCUUGAGUACAUUGUUGUCGUAACAUUCGACGACCCUGGAGACAUCUUGUGAUAAAAAACCACCGUUGCACUAAGUCGGCCCGCUCGCUGAUUUCGUAUUCACGUGAAAAGUUAACAAAAUUAGAUUGGUGCUAUUUGUGCGUACGUAAACAUGGAUGUGUCGUGGGAUGCGGAUAAUUUCGAGCCGAAACUGCCGACCACGUUGACAAGUUCGAAUAAAUGGGAAGGCGAGGACGAGGAAGACAACGUCAAGGAGAGUUGGGAGGACGAGGAAGAGGAAAAGAAAGAUGAGGAGAAAACAGAACAGCCCGCGCCUCCGCCGAAGCCGAAGAAGAAAAUACACGACAAAAUAGCCGAAAGAGAGCGGCAAGAGCGCGAACGGGCGGAGCGCGUCUCAGUAGAGAAGAUUGAGGAAAUGACCCCUGAACAAAAAUUGGCUGAGAAGCUCCGUCAGCAGCAACUACAGGAGGAGUCGGACUUAAAACUAGCCAUGGAAACUUUUGGCAUUACAGAAGGCAUGACUGGCAAAUUGGACACCUUUCAUCCAACCACAAAGGCAGAGUUCACAGAAUUUGCUGACCUUCUCAGCAAAAAGAUAAAUUUAUAUAAAGCUAAGGAGGAGUUCCCUGGAUUCCGUGGAAGGCUAGUGAAAAGUAUUGUUGUUCAAAUGGCGUCGGCAGACAUCAGAAGGAUAAAGCUGACAGUAGACAACCUUUACAUUGAGAAACAGAAAGCUGAGAAGAACGACAAGGCAAAGAAACCCACCAAGGGCAAGGGCAAAGCAAAGUUAAAAGUUGAAGGUGACAAUGCUCAUCUAAGUCAGUACGAGUCGUACGGUAACUUUGACGACGAAUACGACGACUUCAUGUAAAUAUUGCGACGAAACGGUCACGCACGUCGGUGUCUGGUGUGAAUAUAACGUGGAGCGGUAGGGUUGUCCCUUGUGCUAGUGUUGUGAAAAUAUUAAAAAAAAACAUCGAUUUUGCUAUUUGAAUUUUAUAAAGAAUAGAAAAAAGGAUUAGCAGUUUGUUUUUUUUUUAUUUAACGUAGAUUUUUUCCGGUAUUAUGCAUUUUGUGAAAAAUCCUUUUGUAUGAGUAUUCAGCAUAUCAAUAUAACUCGACACUCUAAAUAGUAUAAUUAAUUUCAAUAUUAGCAAUGAAAUAUUUUUACAAUAUUUUCACAGGGACAACACUACCGCAACUCCUUACACCAUCGUCAAAUAGUAAUAUUAUUUAUACAAAUAAUAUUAUAAUACAUGUUAUUUAUUUUAAAAGACUUGACCAAUUGUAAUAGUUCAGUUAUACUACGGCGAUGGUGUAAAAGGAGGUAUCCGAAAAAAGAAGCUUGCAAUAUAAUUAAGAUAUUGACUGAUGUCAUUAGAGUUAAUUUCAAUAAAUUUGUUUUUUUUUUGCUUUUUUUGUAUACAGAAUGUCUUCCAUGGAAAUAAAAUUACAUUGCCAAAAUUUUGAGUUCAUAUUAUUUUGCAAGCUUCGUUUUUUUCCACAGUACUAGAAUAAAUGCUUUUUUAUUAUAAUCGUAAUGCAAAUGACAGUUAUUUUAACCAUAAAAUAGAAAAAAAAAAUGCAAAACUCGAAUCUUUUAUAUGAGUGAUGGUUUUUUUGUUAUGUUUAAAUUAUUAUUGUUACAAGUACUGAAACGUGUGUUCAAACAAUUACAAGAAAUUGUUGAAUUAAAUACUUUUAUUUAAUAUCGCAUCACGAAGAUAUGACAUGCCCAGAUAUGGUCAUUCAUCACAACAAUCUGCACUUAUUAUAGCACUCUGUUUCUCAAAACGAAUUGAAAUUCUCUAUACAAGUCUAGCCCUAUUUUCAAGAUGAAUUUUAUAGGCUUAUCAGUGAUGUUAUAUUAUGGCGUAUUGAUAUGCGCUUGCGCAUGUAUGGUCGUACUAAAUUUGCGUUGUACUCUGCUUCGUUGAAUAUACGUAAGCAUUGUUAACGAAACUGAUCUAUGAUAUAAAGUACCAAUGGCUUGUCAAGGCAGAUAUUACUAUCAUUCGUCGUUCAUAUAUCGAGUACUAUAUGCCUAUUUUAUUACCUGUCAAAUACGAAACAUCUUUUGUUAAUGAUUGAUCGUAUACCACUAACCGAGCAACAAAAGUAAACUCUAUGGACGAUUUCUAUAAAAACUGAUUUACUUUACCUUUCAACUUCGAACUGGAAUAUCGGUCGAAAACUUUCCAGAUGUCUAUAUUUUUGUGUCUAGUCUUACCAGUAGCUUCCUGGAAUCCUGUGGGUUCCUUGGUCAGUGUUUGUGUAUAUAAAUGGACUAACAUUUAACACCAUUAUCACUCACGGGGUAAUUUCAUUACUAAUUUUAUCGAUGUUCAUGUAUUUGUCGAUAAUUAGUGACGUCGCACGAUAAUUUCAUUUAUAACUCGUAUAGCACUUGUACGGAAGAUAAUUUUUAGUUACGUAAAACUACUGCGUUUUUUAAAUAUAUUUUUUUGUGCUGUCGAUAUUCGUCUAAAUUUGUCGUUUGAAAGUAAGACUGUAAUUAGUUGACUCGUUCAUCGAUUAUCGAUAAAAAAUAUAUAUUUUCAUUAAUUUUAAAAUCUAACCCACGCAAAUUUGUCUAUGAAUAUCUUUAGUUUUAAAAACGCAGAGCAUCGUUUGAAUUAUUAUAUACGCUUGCUUAAACGUUAAAUAACCAGGCACCGAACGCCAUAGCAUUACCAUAAACUUGCCCAUCGGCAAUGAAAUGGCAAUGCUAUGUUUUAAAUUGUCUAUGAUUUGGCGACUUCUAGUGAAAUUCAGUUUUUGGAAUUUAGACUUUGAUUACCUGAUGUUAUAGUCUCUUUUUGUUUUGUAUCUGCUAUUAUUACUCGACAUUGGCAAAAUAUGGGUAAAAGCCAUAAUAUAAAAGUUUUUUUUUUAAUAAAAACUAUGCUAUGGUACUUAAGAUACAUCGUAUCAUCUAUAUCGAUAAUUUUGUGGUGAUAAAGUUAAUCGAAGCUAUUCCAAUACAAUGUAAUUGAAUGGCAACUUAGAAUUAUCUACGAAAGACCAAAACAGAAAUUCAUAAGCUUUAUAUUUAUAAUAAGAGUGUUUAUUUCUUUUAUCUCACGACAGAUUUUGCUAGACUCGCCGAAUCUAGAAUGCCAUGUAUUAUAUACACAUUAUACAGUGUAUAAUAAAGAGGAUUCAUAACGGUUACGGUCGGAUAUGUUAUGUUAUAUAGAUAAUAAAUUUUUUAUUGUGAUA